AUGAGCAAGUGGGAAAUGGCAAAUAACAUUAUCCUCAAUUUUUGCUUUAAAGAUGAUGAUGGCAGUAAUGAUUUUUUACUCACUAUUAAUACUCAAAUAACACAAACUGUCGAUGACCUUAAGAAUGUGCUUGUAACUGGUAGGCGUGUUACUUACAACAAUUUUGAUCUCUACAGGAAUGAUUUUGGUAAAGAUGUAAAAGAACAUAUGAAACCGAUCUCUCCGCCAAAGACUACUGCCACUUCGAGCCAAGAGGUAUUGGAAUUAAGGGAGAAACUCGCCUUGUUGCAGGCAUUACUUAACAAACUUCGACGUCGUUGUUCACUAAAACGGAAACUAAAUAAGUGGACUGCAAAUAUCGAACAUGUGACUCUCGAAGGUCUCAAAGGUUAUAUACGUAAGAUGUAUCAUCCACCAGCACUUGAAAAUGAUGGGGCGGAACUCAACUUAAUGAAUGAUGGAGAGAAAUAUUUCCCUCAAAAUGAUCAAGACCUUCGUGAGAUGCUCUGCAUAUUCAUAUCAAAGAACAAUCCCAAGUUUACCGUAUUCAUAAAAACACCCUCAAAAGCUUUCUCAGAUUGGACUUUCCCAAAAAUGUGCCAGCUUUACGAACUCUGUGAAUCAGAGGAUCCUUCAUUAUCUGUCUUUCCGCCUUUCACUUGCGGAAUCAAAGAUCUGGAAGAUGAUUCUUCCCAGGCGAUACUUAAACAUCUUAUAGCCGAACUAAAUGCUCGUCUCAAGUCCAUUCCAAUCAGCGGAAAUGAAGCAUCAAAAUCACAAUACGUAUGUUCUUACCUUGUUGCUGAAGCAAAUCUAUACGAAGGGAAGUUCGAGCUUCGACCAGAAAAAAAUAUCACAGGGCCUAAUGGGCACGGACCAGUUGAUUUCGCAAUAGAUUUAUUCCAAUCCGCAAAAACUGUUGGCGUGACAGAGGUAAAGGACGAAGAUUUUUAUAAGGGCAUUGCUCAGAAUGCUGUUCAACUUGAAUCAGCUUUGUCAAACCGCAAGCGUAAAGCAAGUGAAGAUGGAAGAAGGAGAUGUUUUUACUGGGAAGACUUUUGGGAUCAUCACAGAUGCGGAAAAGUGGUAUUUUAUGGAAUGUUCGCUAGAUAA